AAUACGUCGGCUCGCCACCAUUCGGCGUCUUUUGCUCUCUAGCCACCGACGGGAAGGGAGUGACACUUUCGCCAGUAAUUUUUUCACCUACGAAAUCGAAAAUACUGAAUAUAACACACCCCAACGACAUCUUGAGGCUUACCACUAAGCACAUAGACAGCUUGUCUAUCACCACACAUCAUGUCGAGUUCAGGAUACACGAGCAGCGGAGCGAGCACGCCCUCCAACGGGUCGCGCCCGUCGUCUCCGACACUGGGCACUCCGUACGUCAAGCUCGCCGACAGGAUCGAGGCGAAGAUCGACCGCGGAGAGCGCUGGUUCUCGCUGGAGUUCUUCCCGCCGAGGACCCCCCAGGGUGCUGCCAACUUGAUCUCAAGGUUCGAGCGUAUGGUCCAGGGCGGACCCAUGUUCAUGGACAUCACCUGGCACCCCGCGGGGGACCCCGGUAACAGCGAUAAGGAGACCAGCUCCAUGUCCAUCGCCUGCGCGGCGCUGAACUACGUGGGACACGAGACCAUGCUGCACAUGAGCUGCUGCAACUCCACCAAGGAUGACAUCAGACGACACCUGGACAAGGCCAAGGAGCUCGGCAUCCGCAACAUUCUAGCACUCCGGGGAGAUCCCAUCGUUGGAGACGAGUGGAAGUAUGUGGAAGACGGGUUCAACUACGCCACAGAUAUGGUCAAGUUCAUCCGGGCAGAGUUCGGGGACUACUUCACUGUGUGUGUGGCAGGCUACCCCCACGGCCACCCGGACAGCCCCACAUACGAGGAGGACCUGCAGCACCUGAAGGAGAAGGUUGACGCAGGUGCAGACUUCAUCAUCACGCAGCUGUUCUUCAAGGCAGAGAGGUACGUCAAGUUCGUGGAGGACUGUCGUCGGAUCGGAAUCAACGUUCCCAUCAUUCCCGGCGUCAUGCCCAUACAGGGCUACCACUCUCUGAGAAACCUGGUCAAACUGUCCAAGCUGGAGAUCCCAGAUGAAAUCCGCGAGGCCAUCGAGCCAAUCAGAGACAACGACGAGGCUAUCCGUAAUUACGGCGUGCACCAGGCCGUCACCAUGAUCCGGGAACUGUUCGACAGCGGAUUGGUCAACGGUCUCCACUUCUACACACUCAACAGAGAGGUUGCGACCAUACAGAUUCUGAAACAGAUCGGGCUGUGGACGGAGGACAUCCAGAGACCGUGGCCGUGGAAGAGAACGGCGAACUACAACCGUUGCGAGGAGGAGGUCCGACCAAUCUUCUGGGCCUCACGACCAAAGAGCUACGUGUACCGUACACAGGAGUGGGACGAGUUUCCCAACGGAAGAUGGGAAAAUCUUAGAAGACGGUCAUCAUCAGGAGAAAAUUGGAAAGAAGACAGGGGCAGUUCUGAGUCUCCAGCCUUCGGGGAGUUGAACGAUUACUACCUGUUCUACCUGAAGCCAAACGCAAAGAAGGAAGAACUGUUGGACAUGUGGGGCCAUGAGCUGACUUGUCUGCAAGACGUGUGUGACGUCUUCACCAACUACAUCACAGGGAAGGAGAGCAAGAACGGGAAGAAGGUGCGAAAGAUCCCCUGGAACGACGACGACCUGGCGGCAGAAACCAGCUUCAUCAACGACAAGCUUGCCAGGAUCAACAGCCGGGGCGUUCUCACCAUCAACUCACAACCCAACGUCAACGCUGCACCCUCCACAGACCCCGUCGUGGGCUGGGGCACCCCGGGGGGCUACGUCUUCCAAAAGGCAUAUCUGGAAUUCUUCACCUCGCGUGAGAAUGUGCAGGCCCUGUUCAAAGUCCUGCCCAAAUAUCCCAAUGUCAACUAUCACAUCAUCAAGUUUGAGGGUGAUGAUGACUACACCAACUGUGACCAGCAGCAGCCAAUCGCAGUCACCUGGGGAGUCUUCCCUGGGAAGGAGAUCAUCCAGCCAACCGUGGUGGAUCCUGUCAGUUUCAAAUUCUGGAAGGACGAGGCCUUCACGUUAUGGACGGAGUACUGGGGCCAGCUGUACGCGGAAGACUCCAAGUCGCGGGAACUGAUCCAGCACAUCCACGACACCUGGUACCUCGUCAACCUGGUCGACAACGACUUCCCCAGGGACAAUAUCCUGUUUACUGUCAUCGAGGACAUGUUCGCAGAGGCCGAUCUUCAGAGGGCAAAGGGCAAGGGUCAGACCAAUGGCGUCAACGGUGUCCACCAUGAUGAUGAUGACGGAGUGUUUGUGAACGGGGCCGGAGACGUUCCCAAGAACACUUGUGCCGAACAGAUCCAGAGAAAUGUGGAGGCUGACAUUGUACAUGCCCUGUAAAAAAAAACUACUCAUCAAGAAACCUACAUGUAUUACUUUACACAUCAAACUCUUGUGCAAUUGUGCAUCGACUUCUCAAAAGGAGAUGGAGAAAAAGAGACAGUCCUUCUUUCUAAGACAGUCCUUAAACUAGGGAUGAUGGUGUUAUCUCCUUCACUGAAGAAGUUAAGUGAGAAGUUCUUGACAUAUCCUAUGUGAGAUUCAUAUUUUGCAGUUGAUUUGUAGAAUGUGAAAUUCAACAUUUUGCAGUUGAAUUGUGAAAUGCAGAGAAAGAGUGGUCAUGCAGUCUUCAAGCCUUUUUGGUAACGACCAUGUGGAAGUGUUCAUUUGGUAAAAUUUCUCAUAAAAAUUGUCUAAGUAUUAUAGGGAAACUACAUGAUGACAUAUAUGGCCAAGUGGCAAGCAACUUACAACUGGUUAUACAUGAAUUUACUGUUCCAACUUAAAAGUUGGCCACCUUUCUUAUAAGGUCUUACCUAAUCUACUGUGAUUUCAGACAACUUAGCUUGUUAAUAAUGCACAUACUGCUGCUAUGUACACUUGCCAGUGGAAGUAUUAUUUUCUUGGUAAAAAAUGUGGUGUAAGUAUUACAUGGAAGCAGACGCACACUCAGGUAGAUAGAAGUGCAAUGAUGGAAAGAUAAUGGUGGUUGAGACAUUUAAGGCCACAAUAUAGUUUACACUUAACAUAAUCAUCCUUGCUUGUCAUUUUUUUUCCACAUUGAAGCGAAGAAAACAUGUGACCAUGAUUUCUUGUUGUUGUUUCUUUUGAAAUACAAGUAUGGUCUCAAGGGCCAACACAGUAAAAAGGAGUUUUACUGGUAAUGUCAUUGAGGAAAUCAAAUGAGAACCAUGAUUUGCCAGUCGCCCCGUUGCAAGAGCGGAUAGGAUUGUUCCUAACUAUUAAUAAUAGUCAAACUUUAGUAUAUGUGUAUAAAAAUGAAGUUACUGUAAAUUGACCAGUAGAAGAGAAAGAAGUGAGAUAAACAUUUCUAUGAAUGUCUGAUUUUGUGAGAUGUUGGAUAUGUGUAUCUUUCAUGAAUUAAAUAUAGUUUCCAAAAUGUUUUU